GAGAGAAAAUCAGAAAACAAAGCAAAAGAAGAAGAAGAAAGAAGAAACCCAAAAAACUUUUUGAUUGCUUCCUAUUCUUCUUCAGGUCUGUCUCUCACCUUUUGCAGAUUCCAACGUCCGACGUGGUUUCGCCGGCGUCCGCGUCAAUUGGUUCCACCGAGUCAUGGCCGAGUUGACUCAGGCCGAUGUUGUUUACUCGCCUCGGUCUCUUCAAGUGUGGAAGACUUUGGUGAACUGGCUCGCGUUUUUCUAUCAGAUCUUCCUUCAGAUCCUUCGUGCCGUCGGUUACCAUCCUCUUCUCUCCUCCUCUGCUAAAGCCUCCGCCGAUGGUUUCAAACCCUUACCGGCCAUCGAGUUACUCGACAGGGCGGUGGAAUCUCCCACCACCGUAGAAUUGGAAAUCGCCUCCUCCACGACCUCUUGCGCCCAAGGCGAACGCAGCCGCUUCCAGAGACUCAAGGUAGUUCUCGACUUGGACGAGACGUUGGUGUGUGCAUAUGAGACGUCUAGUCUACCUGCUGCUUUACGCAAUCAAGCCAUUGACGCCGGAUUAAAGUGGUUCGAGCUGGAGUGCGUGUCAUCAGACAAGGAAUAUGAUGGGAAACCUAAGAUCAAUUACGUCACGGUGUUUGAGCGUCCAGGAUUGCACGAGUUCUUAGAGCAACUUAGCCAAUUUGCAGAUCUUGUACUGUUUACUGCUGGUCUUGAAGGAUAUGCUAGACCGCUUGUGGACAGAAUAGAUACCAGGAAAGUACUCAGCAACCGACUUUAUCGACCUUCAACAGUCAGCACGCAAUACAGAGAUCACGUGAAGGAUUUGCUGAGCACAUCAAAAAAUAUGUGUAGGACAGUAAUCGUUGACAACAAUCCUUUCAGCUUUUUAUUGCAACCAUCAAAUGGGAUUCCAUGUAUUGCGUUUUCCGCGGGGCAACCAAAUGACACUCAGCUUUUGGACGUUAUUCUUCCACUUCUGAAGCAACUUUCUGAGGAAGAUGAUGUAAGGCCGACACUUUAUGAUCGGUUCCGCAUGCCUGAAUGGUUUGAGAAGCAAGGCAUACCACCGUCGUGCUGGAAUACUUAACCGGGUUAAGUGGAAAGUAAUGGCUAAAACCAAAAUAUUAGAAAUCUCUGGUCCUCACAAAAAAGACCAAGGACUUGUGUUUGGUACAGUAGUUCCAGUAAUGAAAAACCUGAGGAGAAGGAAGGUACAGAGAUUACCAUUCGUAUUGUUUAUAAUCUAUGGUAGAUUCCUUUUAAAAGAUCAAAUUUGUUACAUAUUUAUGGUUUCAUGUAAUAGCUUCCUCUGUAAUUUUGUUAAAGAUCAUUCAUUAUUUUUUCUUUUUCGGGUUGGUUCGGUUUGUAUAUACCGAGUCAUGGAUCAAACCGAAGUAGAAACUGGGUCUGGUAUAAUCUAAAGGGAUUCAGGAA